CUCGCCUUCCCGCGCUAAUUUUAAACAAAAAUCAUCAAUUUUUCAUUUUUGGUGUCGAAUAAUAAAAUUCCUGGCCUGAACCCUGCUUACUUAAUCCUCUCCUUUACCUCUCGCUUUCUUGCAUCUCGUCUUUGCAUAUCUUUGAUUCAUUCUCACUAGAGCUCUUCCUUCAACCUCAUUUCACCAACAAUGAUGAUGUUUCCUGGCUUUAUCUGUUCUGCCACUCCCUUAGUCUGGAAGUUUCAAUGACUCUAUACUGACCCCUCGCCACCUCGACCAAACAGGCAUCUGCAACGGACACAGCCGUCAUUGGCCUUGCAGCGUGAUCCUGAUCCUGAUAUCCGUUGAUGAUGUAAAACAGCCUUGCAGUCCGAUCUGGAUGCCCUUUCUUAUGCUAAUGUUCUUGUUGACUAUUUACUUUUUCCUUGUUUACCACUUCAUACUUUUGACGCUGCAUGAUGAUACAAAGAGCCCCAAGACGUAGAGGACUCUCUCGCCAGGCUGAAACCUUCCAGGUCUUGGAAAUGGUAUCGCCUGUGGGGAUUCCUUUAUUUGCUUUCCACAGCAUCUACAUCCAUGAGGGUCGAAAUAACUUGAUCUAAUCUGAUAAUGCGUCCUGAGCCCAUCCACCCUGCCCAACUCAUCCCCUUUAUGUUGAUAGGCACUAGAUAUCUCAGCGGGGUAACCUGCAGUGUAGUUGAAUAGUACCUUGUCUUGUAGCGCACAUGCCCGCGUGUCGCUCCGAGAUUCGCCAUGUCCAGUGUACUCUAGGCAUUCAUCGAAUCCAAAUAUACUGAAAUAAAUAAAGCCUUAGCUGCUGUGAUACAAUGUUGACGCGCACAAGGACCGCGACGGUGUCUCGUGGAGCGACGUUCUUCCGCUCCGGAAUUCCGCCUCCACUCCGAUGCCAAAUCGGAUGUUGCGACAGAGAAUGAUUAUCCCAAGCCUCGUCCUCCGCUGAUUCUCGUGUGACACUCGUUGAGAUGGACUGAACGCUGCCUAGAAUCAUGUCGGCCUCCUUUGCCUCUUUGGCUCGUAUCCCUUUGUCUUAAGCGCAAUUACAUUGCCCUCGACUUCAUUUCUUCGUUGCCUGCAGCUUGCCAGUCUUCCUAAUGGCUGUCGCGGUUCAGCCUUCGGGCUUGAUGGACAUUGCGAGCUCCUUGACUCAAGAUGAAAUCCCGUUCAAACUGCGCUGCGCUAUCUGCAACAAGCUUGCCGUGAACGCCUUCCGACUCCCCUGCUGCGACCAAGCAAUUUGUGAAAACUGCCAGACCUCCCUUCCGGACACUUGCCCCGUCUGCGCGCACACUCCGAUCUCACCCGACCUCUGCAAACCAAACAAAGCCCUGCGGACGACUCUCAAGGCUUUUCUACGAACGGAGGAAAAGAAGCGCGAAAAGGAACGGCAAGCUGCUCUACCUGCUCCCACCGAUGAUGCCUCACCUGCGGAAGAAGCUCCGGUCAAGCAAGACCCUCCGCCGGAGUCGCAUACUGUUGAGGGGAAGCCGGCGGAAGAGAUAACACUGCCAGCUUCGGAGGAGCCAUCAUUAGAGGCACAAGCCGACAAUGUAGCCCCGGUAUCUGCUGAAAUAGAUAUUUCGGGUAUAGAUCAGGAAGCUACAAACGGAAUCACACAGGAUGGCCAACCCGAGAAAGCCGCCACAGAGACCGCCGACCAAAAUCCUGAUACGGGGGCGAAUGGAACCGGCGAAGGAGAUAACGCUGAGAACAGCGAGUCGGCCCAGCAAAACGAGCAGGAAAAUCCUCAAAACGCGGAGCAGAAUGCCAGCUUCCCCAGCGCAAUGGGAUUUAACAUGAACCCUGCGAUGUUUCCGAACAUGUGGGGUAAUCCCAUGGCUUCAUUUAUGGGCAACGGAAUGAUGGGUUUUCCGAAUCCUAUGGGAAUGCCUGGAAUGGGCAUGGACCCAAUGGCCGCAAGUCAAGGGAUGUUUGGAGGCUACGGGAUGAAUGGCAUGAAUGGCAUGGGAAUGAAUUUCAACGCUGGUCAGGGGAUGUACGGGGGUUGGGACGGCUCACAGAACAAUAUGUGGAAUGGAAGCCAAGAUAAAUUCAAUCCAAAUGCAUUCGCGAAUGGUAUGGGCGCGCAAUUUGGGGACCCCUCUGGCUUUGGCGGAUAUAAUAUGUCUCAACCCAACGGAGUUCAUCCUCAAAUGCAGCAACAGCAGUUUCCUAACCAAGAGUUUCAGAAUGGCAAUGGCUACUAUGGCUCAGGCAACUACCGGGGUCGCGGCCGUGGGUACUACGCCGGCGGUCGUGGUCGCGGCGGCUUCGGUGGUCAUGCCAACUUCCCCCAUAACACUAACUCUGCAGGGUUCAAUGAUAGUGCCUCUGCUAGCAUGAGCCAGGAUGUGCCCGCUCAGUCCGUGGAAGGUGCAACUGAGGGAAUGGAUCCCAAUAUCGGAGAAGGCCAAAGCGCAGAGGGCACACUGGACUCUGCCAAUCCGAACGAGCCAUCUUCACAAGGUCACGAUAAUAAGCCCAACGACAAUAGUCUGGAGAGCGUUGCGACACAAAAUGGCCCCUCUGACCAGCCUCUGAAUGAAGACGGUCAGCAGCUACAUGGUAUCCCUACAAUCGAUAGUCUUGACCAAGCUAAUGGUGCCCACGGCGUACCGGGCGGACCAAUGGGCAUGCCUGGACAUAUGAACCAAGGAUUCGGUAGAGGCGGCGGCUUCAUGCGUGGUGGAUACGGUGGUGGCCGCGGCGGUUAUGGUGGGCAGCAGUUUAUACAGCCACGAGGACAGGGCGUUGAGGGUGCCCCUGCUGCGCCUAGGGCAAUGAGGCAAGGCCUCCCUAACACCAGUGUAUACCGGCACCGGAACUUUCAAGCCCCUGGGCGUGGGUCAAUGCCACCAGGGAGAAGCACCGAGGCCUCAGAAACACCGCAUCCCGAGCAAGCACAGGAAAACCAAGACGUCCCGCCAGUGUCCCGAUCCAUCUCUAGAGUGAGGUCGAUGUCAAGGUCCAAAAGCAGAUCACGGUCGCCCACUCGGUCCCGCUCAAACAGCCGUCGUCGACAUCGCCAACGUUCACCAAGCGCUGAGCGAGAUGCAGAUGACCAUGAUCGCCACCGAGAUCGAGCCAGAAGGCCUCGUCUCGACGAGAAAGAACGCCCUGCAUCCCAAGAGGAUGAGCGCCGUACCCGGUCCCCGUCUCUCGAAUCGCACAGAUCCUCGCAUCGGGGCAAAAGACAUCAUCGGUCACGUCGGUCCCAUCGUCGACGCAGCCGUAGCCGUAGCCGCAGCGCAAGUCCUGAUCGCAAGGGCGAGUCGCGCGGAGAUGACCGUCUGUCGCCGGUUGCCGAAGAGCCCGAUCGCCGAUCCGGUAAAGAUCGCUCUGGCAGGCGCAUAGAGGAUAGGGAGCGAGAUAGAGACUCUCGAGACUCUCGCCGUCGCGACCGAGACCGCGAGCGCGAACGGGACAGGGAAAGGGACCGAGAAAGGGACCGAGAUCGGGAUCGGGAUCGCGAUAGGGACCGACGCCGCGAAAGGGAAAAAGACCAAGAAAGAGACCGAGACCGCCACCGAGAUCGCGACAGAGAUCGCGAGCGUGAGCGCAAGCGGUCCCGGCGCGACCGUUCCCAAUCCGCAGUCGACAGCGACUAUCAAGCCAAGAAAGCAAAACGAGGCCGUGGCGACGAUGCCCGACCCAUCACAAGCAGUAACAGUGGCCACACCAGGGAAACGCAAGAGAAACCCCCCUCCUCUUCAUCAAAACCAUCCGAACCCGAAAAAGACCCCCAUACUCUUGAACGCGAGGCCCGCAACCGCGAACGCAUGCUCAAGGAACAGCAGCGUCGCGAGGCAAUGCAGGCUGACCGUGACGGCGGAAAAUCGAGGAGUCGCCGCGACAGUCGCCAGGAACGAGGUGGACGGCGGCUGAAUUACAAAUAUGACAAUGAGGCUGAUGCCGCAAGGGCGGCGAGAGUGGAAAGGGAGCGGGAGGCUGAUCGGUGGGCGUAAAGGGUAGGUCACCUUCUGUUAUCCCGUCUCAAAAGGGGGCAUAUAGAGCGGGCGUUUAUUAGCAGCGCUGAAGAGGAGACGAUGGGCAUACAGUACUUAGUAUCUAUCAUUGGGACAUUCAUGUAUGUCUACCCAAGUUAAUAGCUGAUACAAUAUAUGAAUCAAUGGGCAAGUGUUCGCAUGUGAAGCAAUCAAUCAA